GGGCGGGCCUGCGAGCAGGGCUUCUGGCGGCUUUCCAGGUCGGCGCACUAAUACGGGCGAUGAGGCUUCGCGGCUCCAGUCUGACUGACGCCGACUGGAGCCGCCGCUGCCGCCGCCGCCGCUACAGCCGCUGUCUCGGUCGCCGCCGCCGCCGCCGCCGCCGCCGGGCCCUGCAGGCGCUGGGCGCGCUCAGCCAGGCGAGUUGGCCAGCCCAUCCCAGGGCUUAGGAGAAAGUCAACCCACUUUCCAGCCUGCAUUGGUCACAGUUACUUCCAGAAGAAAGGGAAGACCUAUGACGUCCCUGGAGAGUUGGUACCUAUGACAUCCCGGGAGGCGUCCUUGCUCACUUCACUUGGGCCCUGCAGGCAGUGAAGGGCCUUGGGUCCAGCUCCUGUUUGUACUGGACGCCUGUGGUCCCUCUCUUAUGCACUCCAGCACCCCCAUCAGCUCCCUCUUCUCCUUCACCAGCCCAGCAGUGAAGAGACUGCUUGGCUGGAAGCAAGGAGAUGAAGAGGAAAAGUGGGCAGAGAAGGCGGUGGACUCAUUAGUGAAGAAGCUAAAGAAGAAGAAAGGAGCCAUGGAUGAGCUGGAGAGGGCGCUCAGCUGCCCAGGGCAACCCAGCAAGUGUGUGACGAUUCCCCGCUCCCUGGAUGGGCGGCUGCAGGUGUCCCACCGCAAGGGUUUGCCCCACGUCAUUUACUGCCGAGUGUGGCGUUGGCCUGAUCUCCAGUCUCACCAUGAGUUGAAGCCACUGGAGUGCUGUGAGUUCCCAUUUGGCUCCAAGCAGAAAGAGGUGUGCAUUAACCCCUACCACUACCGCCGUGUGGAGACCCCCGUUCUGCCUCCCGUGCUCGUGCCCAGACACAGCGAGUACAACCCGCAGCUGAGCCUCCUGGAGUUCCGCAGCGCGGUCCCUGCCAGCGAGCCGCUCAUGCCGCACAACGCCACCUACCCCGACUCCUUCCAGCAGCCUCCGUGCCCGGCCUUCCCUCCAUCGCCCGGGCCCCCGUUCCCGCAGUCCCCGUGCACGGCCGGCUACCCUCACUCCCCGGGAAGCCCUUCCGAGCCGGAGAGCCCCUUCCAGCACUCAGAUUUUCGUCCGGUUUGCUACGAGGAGCCACAGCACUGGUGCUCAGUCGCCUACUAUGAACUGAACAACCGUGUUGGGGAGACGUUCCAGGCUUCCUCCCGAAGUGUGCUUAUUGAUGGAUUCACAGACCCUUCGAAUAACAGGAACAGAUUCUGUCUCGGACUUCUUUCUAAUGUAAACAGAAACUCAACGAUAGAAAAUACCAGAAGACACAUAGGAAAGGGCGUGCACCUGUACUACGUCGGGGGAGAGGUCUAUGCCGAGUGCGUGAGUGACAGCAGCAUCUUUGUGCAGAGCCGGAACUGCAACUAUCAGCACGGCUUUCACCCGGCCACCGUCUGCAAGAUCCCCAGCGGCUGCAGCCUCAAGGUCUUCAACAACCAGCUGUUUGCUCAGCUGCUUGCCCAGUCCGUCCACCACGGAUUUGAAGUCGUUUAUGAGUUGACUAAGAUGUGCACCAUCCGGAUGAGUUUUGUCAAGGGUUGGGGAGCCGAGUAUCAUCGCCAGGAUGUCACGAGCACGCCCUGCUGGAUUGAGAUUCACCUUCAUGGACCACUGCAGUGGUUGGACAAAGUUCUGACUCAAAUGGGCUCUCCACACAACCCGAUUUCUUCAGUGUCUUAACAGUCCUGUCUUAAUCCACAUUUCUAUAGGAUAGAUGCUAUUGCAGGCAGUGGCUUAUAUCAUUUCAGAUUUGCAACUAACUGAAGUUUCUAAGUACAUGUGUAAAUACAUAUAAUAUAUACUAUUCACAUUUUGUAUCACCAUUUGUUUUGUGCUUUCUAGUUAACCUGAUGCCAGUACAGUGCAAUUAGAAAAGCAGGUUUUUUGUGCCUACACUGUAAUAAGCAGCAGCUUCUUUUGUGGGAGAGAACAAAUGAGAGGCAACUGUAGGAACAGUAUUUGAAGGGUGUUGGUAGAAUAAAGGCAGCUUUAGUCCACCAUGUCAUGUAAGGCAUGUUGUGUGGCCAAUCUGGAAAAAUAUUAAAACUGUUUACGUAGCAAAAAUCAGGUACUAGCAGCACUAGAGCAAAUAACACUUUAGGACAAAACAAAGCUGUCAAACCCGUAAAAUUUAAAUAACCUCACUGUUAGUGCUACUGGCCAAAAAAAAAAAAAUCAAGCUUGUAAAAUCAGUUACGUAAGGUAAGUCACAUAAACUUUAUUUCUGAAGUUGAAAUGCCUAUAGCUGGACUAUUGUGCUGAUAUGAACGGUACAUUUUAAACAGAUUAAACUGUGAUGGGAAAAGAAAGAAACUGUGAAGCUGAGAGUCAUGUUGCCUCAUUAUCUACCACUGUAAAAAAAA